CGUUAGAGCGCUCGGCGGGCGGCGCGUUCCCGAGUGGAGCCAUGGCGACCUACGCGCGGCUGGGCGCCGCGGCCAAGGUGCCCCUCCUGGGGCUGGGCACGUGGAAGUCCCCCCCAGGUAAGGUGGCAGCUGCAGUGAUGGCUGCCAUCGAUGCUGGGUACCGCCACUUUGACUGUGCCUAUGUGUACCAGAAUGAGAAGGAAGUUGGGGAGGGGAUCCAGCAGAAAAUCAAGGAAGGCGUUGUGAAACGAGAGGACCUCUUCGUUGUCAGUAAGCUAUGGUGCACAUUUCAUGACAAACCUCUGGUGAAGGGAGCCUGCCAGAAGACUCUUGCUGACCUGAAACUGGAUUACCUGGAUCUCUACCUUGUGCACUGGCCUUUUGGUUUGAAGGCAGGAGAGGAGCUGUUUCCCACAGAUGGCAAAGGCAUGUCUAUACCCAGCAACACAGAUAUUCUGCAUACGUGGGAGGCCAUGGAAGAGCUAGUGGAUGCUGGUCUGGUAAAAGCCAUUGGAAUCUCCAACUUUAACCGUGAGCAGACCGAAAGAAUCUUGAACAAGCCGGGACUGAAGCACAAGCCUGCAAAUAACCAGAUUGAGUGUCAUCCAUACCUCACCCAGGAGAAGCUUAUCAACUAUUGCCAAUCCAAAGGGAUCACUGUGACAGCAUACUGUCCCCUUGGACGCCCUGACAGGGCUAAGCCAGAGGAGCCUUGUCUUCUGGAUGACCCCAAGAUCAAAGAGAUUGCAGCCAAGCACAACAAAACCCCAGCGCAGGUUCUCCUUCGCUUCCAGAUCCAGAGAAAUGUGAUUGCGAUUCCCAAGUCUGUCACACCACAGCGCAUUGUGGAGAACUCCAAGGUGUUUGACUUUGAAUUGACUAAAGAGGAGAUGGCAGCCCUUCUCAGCUUAAACAGAAACUGGAGGAUCUGUGAAAUGAUCACGUGCAAAAAUCACAAGGAGUACCCUUUCAAUGCAGAAUACUGAAGACAGUUUUAUCCUGCCUUCCUGCAGGCCUCUGGGGUCUAUUGAGCAUCUACCAUUGCCUAGAGUUGUCCGCUAUAUAGCUUGCACACUGUACGUCUCCUGCCAGCAAAGGCAUAGUAUAUGUAUUCAGUGACUUUGUUUGGGUUUUUCUUCUUUGGUAGAAGGAAAUAGUAAAAUUGUUCUGAAGAACAAAAUGUGGGAUAUAAUAAUUGUCUACUCACUAGAUGAAUGUCUCUGCAUGGCUGAAAUAGCAAAGCAGAAAACACAAAGAAUGAACUAGCAACUGAUUCUUUUUUUAUCUUCUGUCUUGCAUCAACACCACUUAAGGCUGCAGGGUAAGGAUAUGUGAGCACAGAAGAAAAAUCCUGAAAGAAUGAACUACAUAAUCACUGCCUGAAGAUAAAAGACAACAAUUAACUUCUAGAGCACAGCCCAAAGCUUUCUGGGAAAGAAGAAUAAAUGGGAGAAAUGUCCAGACCUGCACAUGUAUACCAACUCAUACUGGGCCUUAUUUCAGUUGAACUCUUUUACAGGCUAAAACUGGAUAGAAAUUAGUGUUCAAUUUUAUUCUUAUCCAAAUAAAAAAUGUUUAGAUUA